CACAGAUCGAUCAAAACGGUACGGUCUCCAGUAACAUAUCCCCUAGCCUAAUUCUACUAAAUUAUUUAUUUAUUGGAUCUCUAGAACGUAAACAUAAUUAAAUUAUUUACCUGUGAUUACCUUGUGUAAAAUUGCUGAAACAUGGCGCGUGCAGUUUUUUGCAUGGCCAUCGCUUGCAUUUUUGUGCAUAGCGCUAUUUCUGUUAAAUUAGAUUCAGAAAAUCGUCGUCUCAUUCUUGAUAUUAAAGAUCAAAAGACGACGAAUAAGCAAUAUUAUUCGUCAAACUUUGACACGAAUAAUGGUAAUUAUGAAGAUGGUAGAUAUAAAGGCAUUCAAGAGGGUAAAUACUAUCACGAUGAUUCUGGUAAAUAUGUUCACAUUGAAGGCCCAACUGGUCCACCAGCCCCACCAUACGUUCACGUAAAAGGACCCGAUGGUGGUUUCGGAGGCAAUGGCGGUAGAGGAGGAGAAGGCGGCCGAGGCGGAGAAGGCGGCCGCGGUCCAGGAGGACCAAAGGGCCCAGGCGGUCCAAAGGGCCCACCCGGACCUCCCGGUCCACCAGGACCUCCAGGACCUCAAGGUCCCACUAAGCCAGGACCCGGUGGCCCAUACGGUCCACCAGGACCACCCGGUCCUCUAGGCCCAACCAGACCAGGACCCCCAGGACCACCCGGUCCACCAGGCCCCACCAGACCAGGACCCCCUGGACCCCCAGGCCCACAAAGACCUGGACCCCCAGGACCUCCAGGCCCCACAUAUCCCGGACCUCCAGGCCCCACCAGACCAGGACCCCCUGGACCACCCGGACCACCAAGUCCAGGCAACAAGGGAUAUCUUCCACCCGUAAAAGAAGAUCCCAAACAUUCCACAUUCAAGAAUAAUGGCUACUUGCCACCAAACAAGGGUAACAAUCUAAAUAAUAACAAUAAAAAAUUCGAAUCAUAUUCUGUAGAUGUAGUUGCUCCACCUCCAACGAAUACCAAUAAGCAGACGACAUCUUUUGUGUCCAAUUAUACACCCACAAAUGAUAAUGACAAGGCACAAAAGAAGGUCACAAGCAUCACUAGCACCACCACAACUUCUACUUCUAGCUCCACUAGUAGUAAUCCUUCUUUAAAUAGCAAUAAGCCUAGCAAAUCAAGUCAAAAUAAUUAUGAUGAAAAAACUUUUAAUCAAGUACUAACCUAUAUUCCCCCUUCUUCUUCCCCUCCCACUCCCACACCAUUCCAUAACCAACAAUACAACCAACCACCACAACAACAACAAAUAAUCCAAACUACCACGACCAAUAAAUUUGGCAAUACCAAGGCCCCGGAUAUCACUAUUGAAAAGGACAAUUACUCUAAGACCCAUACAACAACAACAACGACGACGACAACAACAUCAAAUCAAAAUUACGGUAAUAACAGAACUCCAGGUUUGAAUAAUGAAAAGACUUAUGUGACCUACACUAGCCCCAAUACCAAUACCAAAACAAAUACGAAUACGAAUACUUACACCAACACCAAUACGAAUACGAAUAAGGACAGUGGAAAAGUGUCGACCGUGACCAGCACUACUACUUCCAAGACUUCAGGCUACACGCCUCCACAAACCAGCGGUUUUGAAAAAGUCGUUACCACCACCUAUGGAGGUGGUGGUGGUGGUGGAGGUGGAGGUUCUGCCGUUACUGGCAAGAUCAGUACUACCACAACCACCACUAGUAAUACCAACACCAACACUUACCCCGGUCAAGGCUUCCGCAAGGAUACCGUUGUCGAAAAGGUCACCGGUAACUAUAUAAGUAACAAUGCCUACAUCAAUCGGGCACCUGAACAAAAGACUCAGACGACAACGGUAAACAAGACACCGACUGUGACUUCAACCUCGACCUAUACACAAACUCCCUCAGUGACGGGAACAAAUACACCCAUUUCCGGAUCCUAUAUUCAAAGCACACCAGAACAAAAGACUCAAACCUAUACCCAGACAUCUAAAGUAACGGAUACCAAGACUUCGACAGUGAGUCAAAAUACCAAUCGAGGAACCCAGACGCAGACCUACACACAGACACCGGCAGUGAGUGUGACCAAGACAACCACCACUCAGACGCAAAACAGUAAUCGUACACCCGACCAAAGGACCCAGACCUAUACACAGACUCCUGCAGUGACAGUUAGUAAGACUCCAACACAGCAGACACAGACGUACAAACAGAACGUUAUUACCACCAAUACCAAUAGCUAUCAGACACAACAGAAUAUAACUCCACGUCCCAAUUCUCCAUUUAAACAGACAACAGAUAACCAAUGUCCGUGCCUAGCUGAUAAGGCUCAUUCAUCAACAUCCUCCACUUCCUAUCCUUCCAAUCCUACCACUUCCUCCUUCAGCACCAACAGCAACAGCAAUCAGCAGCAAUUCACUACCACGACCGGCGGCGGAUUCGCUGGCCAGGCUUACUUUGGCGGCAUUAUGAAUUCCAUGGCUCUUCUGCAACAAAUACCCGUUGUUCCUCAAGUGCCCGGAUAUCCGGCCUUCUAUGCACCGGACAAGAUUCCCAAGGGUGCUAUUGUGGCCUUUAUGCCCGUCAUCAUUUUGCCCGAAGCAGCCUAUGCCAAUUGCCAAGAGAGCUCGAACAGCAAACAGCCCUUCAAUCCGCCACCUCUGGGCGUUCAACCGGCUCCCAUACCCUUCGGUUCUAGUUUGAAUUCCCUUUUCCCCACGGGUGCCAAGAAUGAUCAGUGCAUGUGCCCUUGUUCAUGUACCCAAAACAUACCCGAUCACAGCCAUAAGAAGCGUGAUACUAUCGUUGCGGCCACCGCUGAGGAGGCUAAACCCGAAGAAUUGGGGUCGAAAGCACUAGCGAGCAAUGACGACGGUGUGGUGAAAGAGGUGGCAGUGCCAGCAUUAGUUGUCGAAAAGGAUCCCAAGACCGAAACUCUGUCCCAGAGUGAGGGUGACGACCAUAGUGUUAAAACUACAGAAACUACGGCUACCGUUGUGACAAACAAACCCGAAACGACCGAUUAACCCAUUCUGCCAUAAUUCAUGGGCAAUCACAUUGCCAACGAAGAAGACGAAGACGACAAAAUACGACGUUUGAGUGAUGUUCCCCUCAACGAACUACUCCCAAUUUCCCAGCUCCUAGCUCCCGUCUUCCUGUCCCACGUAUCCUGUCUGUCUACCGUUUCAUCGGUCGCUCAUCUAUCCUAAACACAACCAUCCCCUCCAGGACUGCGUCAGAUUCCCGAUCCUGUUCCCACAUCCUCAACCUGGUCCUGCUCCCGAACCGAUCCUCAGAUCCUCUCUUCCCCAUCCCGAGUGAUCCUGUACUAACUCAAAUGUGCUCAACAAUGUAGAAGCAAAAGAAUGAAAAAUCAUACUCACAUGUAUUCGCUCGCCCUGUGUAAAUGUUCUCUUUAUUUUACCAUCCUCAAUUAUUAUUAUUAUUAUUUUUAUUAUUAUUUUAUUAUAAUUUGUUACUAAAUCUAUUAAGUAUUCGACGAAUGAGAAAAUCUAAGAAAAACAAAAGCCUCGUAUACCAGCCAGCGUAAAUGUUCAACGAUCUGGCCACGAACCAUUUCCGGUCCAGUUAGUGCCCCCCGCCCCUGCUAUUGAGAAGGAGAUUCUAGCUAUCGCUCUGUGCCCACUAUCCUACCAAUUAUCGUAUUUAGAAAUUGUGAAAUGUUGUUCAUUAUUGUCUACGUAAUUGUAUUUUUAAAUAUUAUUUUUAUUUUGUUUUAUCAUCAUUAUCAUUUUUUUUUUAAUUUCUAGUUAAUAGUUUUUAUUUAAUGCAAAAAAAAAAAAACAAACAACAACCACAAAAAAUGCAAAAUUUACAUCAUUAAUAAUGAAAUGCAACU